CAUAGUUCUUAUUAGCGUAGCUGCAAACAACGAUUGAUAUUAUGUCCUAACCUAGGGUACCGGCUAUCCUCUUUCUGCACAGCAUGGUAGCUGAAAGAAUACUCUUUCGGCUCCUGCCGCUGGUCGCAUUGCUUGGAUUAGCCCUGCGCCUGCGAUCAUCCGUCAGCCCAGCAGUCAGUCACCAUGGACUACAGGAGACGAGUCAUUUUGGGCAAAUGGUUGGGGUUUCAGGAGUCGGCAGGAGUUUGCUGCAAGAUGAUGAGAACGAUAAGCACAGCGAGGACGAGGUGGCCCUGCUGGUGAUGAAGCUCAAUCGCUCCAGCCUGCUGCCGCUACCGGUGCUGUCGGAGCAGCGGUGUGCCCCCACCAAGGGGGUCUGGUGCGCGCAGUUUCAUGGGCAGACACCCGCUCCGCGCUACCUUCCCAAAUACUACAACAAGCCCUGCCCCAACAACUGCAGCGGCGUGGGGGUGUGCCAUGCGGAGUACGGCAUGUGUUUCUGCCCGGCCGGGUACGGAGGGCCGGACUGCGCCGCGCCCCGCAAGCGGCCCUGCGCGCACAUGGGGACGGACAAGCGGGACGCGGGGUGGCACAACCUGACCACCUGGUCGCAUACCAGAUGCGCGGGCGUCUGUGACGACGACAUCGCCAUGUGCUACUGCCCUCCUGACACCAAGUACGGUCGCAAGGAGGCGCCGCCCGGGUCGCCGCUGGGCAGCCCGCCGCUGCAGGCGGGGCGGCCGCUGUUCAUGUGCACACCCGGCACGGACAGCGAGGGUCGCAAGGUGGAGUGGGGCGGCACCCCCUUCCCGGACAUGUUCGGACCGGCGGGCUGGUGCAACGCAGACAAGCCCAACUUCACGUGCCCAUGCAGGCUUGACGGUCUGCACGGGCCGCUGUGCGAUGUGGUGUCGGAGCAGGUGUGUCCCAACCAGUGCUCGGGGCGCGGGCGCUGCAACCAGGGCUUCUGCGCCUGCCAGCAGGGCUGGUACGGGGUGGACUGCGCGCUGAGGCGGGAGGGGGUGGCGGCGGAGGAGCAGGGCCUGGAGUUGCUCACCAAGCAGCCCUGGCUGCCUGCCGUACGCACCCACAUCGUGGCCACGGAGGACCCGCCGCUCACCCCCGUACGGCGCCGGCCGUACGUCUACGUGUACGACAUGAAACCCGAGUACGGCAGUGACUUGCUGCAGUACCGCAUUGAGGGCUCGCACUGCGUGUACAGGACGUUCAAGACCGACAAUACCCCUGACUGGGUUGGCUACAACGCCUACUCCACGGAGCCCGUGCUGCAUGAGCUGUUCCUGGCUUCGGAGCACCGCACUCUGGAUCCCGAGGAGGCGGACUUCUUCUUCGUUCCGGUCAAUGUGGGCUGCAUGCUGGACGUGUACGGCUGGAACGAGGUGCCGCGCUGGCCCAAGGACGUGCAUGGUCCCCGCUCCCACGGCUUGUCGCUCAUGCAGCGGGAGGCCCAGCGCUGGCUGAACGCCACCUUCCCCUGGUUCGCGCGGCGGGGCGGUCGGGACCACAUCUGGUUCAACCCGCACGACGAGGGCGCCUGCUACGUGUGGAAGGACGUGUGGCCGGGUGUGAUGCUGUCGCACUGGGGCCGCACCGACUUCCCACACCUCUCACACACCGCGUAUGGACAGGACAACUACAGCAUGUCGCUGCAGCACCCCGAGCACCCCGGGGACUGGCUGGACCACACCUCGCGAACACACCCCUGCUUCGACCCCAAGAAGGACCUGGUUAUCCCCGCCUUCAAGCCGCCCCGCCACUACCACAAGUCGCCCUACCUGGGUGCCCCGCCGCCCGCCGCCGGUCGGGACAUCUUUGCGUUCUUCAUGGGCGACCUGCGCAUGCAGCCGGGCCGCGACCCGGACUGCAUCUACAGCAGGUGCAUCCGCCAGACGCUGUACAACCUGAGCAUCUCCAACCACUGGAAGGAGGCGCACGCGAUCUGGUACGGCGAGCGGAAGGACGUGGCGGGCAGUGGCGAGGACUACAGCGAGCUGCUGGCCCGGUCCACGUUCUGCUUCGUGCUGCCGGGUGACGGUUGGUCUCCUCGGCUGGAGGAUGCGGUGCUGCAUGGUUGCAUCCCCGUCAUCAUCAUGGACGAUGUGCAGGUUGUGUUCGAGUCCAUCAUCGACGUGGAGCAGUUCUCGGUGCGCAUCCUGCAGCGCGACAUCCCCAAUGUGGUGGACAUCCUCAAACGCAUCCCGCCCACCACCGUGAAGACCAUGCAGGAGAAGCUGCACAAGGUCUGGCACAGGUUCCGCUUCCUGGGUCUCCGCAUGGCCCGAGCCGAGGCUCGCAAGCUGCUGGAGGCGCACCAGGAGCGCGCGGGGGGCUCCGCACCGCGGCACCCGGGGGCCGAGUACUCCAUCCACGCGCAGGACGACGCCUUCGACACGCUCAUGCAGUGGCUGUACUCGCGGAUACCCAGCGUGCACAGCGGCAGCGGGUGAUGUAGCCGGUUGGUAGUGGUGGUGUGAUGUGGGUGGUGGCGGUGUGGUGACAGAGUGACGAAUUGUGUUGGGAUUCGGGUGACAUGGAGCAUGUGCGGGAGGUGGGAAGAAGGGUACGGGGAUUGUGGGGGCAGGUAGGUGCCGUGACUUCUGGUCGGGCGUGCGAUGUGUGCUGCGGGUUAGGUGGGUUACAAGGUAGGCGCGCGGCUUAAGCGGUGCAGGCAGGCCGGUUUCAUUGAGAUCAAGGCCAAGGGGUUGAUACCAUAGAGCCCAAAUGCGAUUUACUGAAGAUUACGGUAUGCAGCGAGCGCGCUGGGGCGACUAUGAUAGUAGGACUUUGUGACAUGUUGAACGUCUUGUUUAGGGGCUGAUCGCUUUGACCAAAGGACUGUGGCGCAGCUAGACUGCUGAGACCAGUGGCUGAGUUACCGAUACACUGUGAGCAAUAGGACACGUGCGUACGACGAGAAUGCCCCUGAUAAGGCGGCGUAGCUGACCUGACAGCACGUCGCAACCUGCAAGGCGUAAGCCCGCUGGUUUGUUUAUUGCCCGAGAAGCAACAGC